GGGAGUAGCCAAUCAUCUGGUAGAGACUCUAAUCCCCGCCCCCGCCGGUCAGCUGCAAGACCUUGAGUGCAGGGGGCGGCGAGACACGUCCUCCUUCAGUACCUGCCCCGCGGCGGGUGAAGUGUGCGGCUGCGUCCUCCGCAGGGCUAGGGGUCUGAGAUCCAGCCAUGACUGCCAAAGAUUAUCCAUCAUUAUGGGGCUUUGGAACAACAAAAACAUUUAAAAUUCCUGUUGAGCAUUUGGAUUUCAAGUAUAUUGAAAAAUGUAGAGAUGUUAAACAUUUGGAAAAAAUUCUUUGUGUGCUCAGGUCUGGUGAAGAGGGAUAUUAUCCUGAACUCACAGAAUUUUGUGAAAAGCGUCUUUCAGGCUUGGCUCCUGCAAGUAGAGCUUUGAGGAAAGAUAAGCCUGCAGCAACAGCGUCCAGUUUUACAGCAGAAGAAUGGGAAAAAAUUGACGGUGAUAUAAAGAGUUGGGUCUCAGAAAUUAAAAAAGAAGAUGAUAAAAUGCACUUUCAUGAAACUGACACAUUUCCUGUAAUGGAAGAUCAUUUGCCUCCAGUUCGUGGUGCAAACAGCCAUCUUCAUGUUGCCAAGGAAAAAAAUUCUAAAAGUAGACCAGCUAAAAAGAAAAUUCCAAGGGAUUAUGCAGAGUGGGAUAAAUUUGACGUGGAAAAGGAAUGUUCAAAAAUUGAUGAAGAUUACAAAGAAAAAACUGUGAUCAACAAUAAGUCACAUUUGUCUAAAAUUGAGACAAGACUAGAUACAGCAGGUCUGACUGAGAAGGAAAAGGAUUUUCUUGCUACUCGUGAAAAGGAGAAGGGAAACGAAGCUUUCAACUCAGGCGAUUAUGAAGAGGCUGUGAUGUAUUAUACUCGGAGCAUAUCGGUGCUUCCCACAGUGGCUGCCUAUAAUAACCGCGCUCAAGCAGAACUCAAACUGCAGAACUGGAACAGCGCUUUUCAGGAUUGUGAAAAGGUCUUGCAGUUAGAACCUGGAAACUUGAAGGCACUUCUGCGCCGUGCCACUACCUAUAAACAUCAAAACAAGCUCCAGGAAGCUAUAGAAGAUUUGAAUAAAGUACUGGCUGUUGAACCUGCUAAUGAGUUGGCCAAAAAAACCUUGUCAGAGGUUGAAAGAGAUCUGAAAAUUUCUGAACCUGCAUCUAAGGCUCAAACCAAGGGGAAAAGGAUGAUGAUUCAGGAAAUCGAAAACUCAGAAGAUGAAGAUGAAAAGGGCAGUGGAAGAAAACCUGAAGACGGCAGUGGAGAUAAGAAGGCCGCGGAGUCGGCGGGAGCCGAGUGCGCCGCGGACCCGCGCGCCAUGGGCAACAUCCAGAAGAAGCUGACCCGCAAGAGCGAGGGCGGCAAGCGGCAGGAUCGGGGUGCGCCGCGGAGGGGCCGGGCGCCAGAGGCUCGCGCCGACAAGCGGGGCCAGACGCGGGACUCCGCGACGGCGGGAGGCGCCAACGGGCACCCAGGCGGCGGGCGAGGCGCCGGGGACCCCGCGGCCUGUGCGUUCCCGGAGCCCGCCACCCUGCCGCCCGCGCCCGUCGCCCCGGUCGGCCCCGCCAGCCUGAAGAGUCAGGGCAACGAGCUUUUCAAACACGGGCAGUUCGCCGAGGCGGCCCUCAAGUACUCGGCGGCGAUCGCGCAGCUGGAGCCUGCAGGAAGUGGAAGUGCAGAUGAUCUCAGUAUCUUAUAUUCAAAUAGAGCAGCAUGUUACCUAAAAGACGGAAACUGCAGUGGCUGCAUUCAAGAUUGUAACAGGGCUCUGGAACUUCAUCCAUUCUCAGUCAAGCCACUUCUUCGACGAGCAAUGGCCUAUGAAACUUUAGAGCAGUAUCAGAAAGCAUAUGUGGAUUAUAAAACAGUGCUGCAAAUAGACUGCGGAAUCCAGGUAGCAAACGACAGUAUUAACAGGAUAACAAAAAUUUUAAUGGCUCUGGAUGGACCAAGCUGGCGGGAGAAGCUGUUACGCAUUCCUACUGUGCCCACAUCCGCGCAGUUGCGAGCUUGGCAGCCUGUGGCGGAGCCACCCCCAGACCAAGGGGGCGAUUCCUGCAGCCAUCACCAGCCGGGCAUCAUAGAUGAAAAAAUGUUUACAACCCUUAAGGAAGAAGGAAAUCAGUGUGUAAAGGACAAAAACUAUAAAGAUGCUCUCAGUAAAUACAGUGCGUGCUUGAAGAUUAACAGCAAGGACUGUGCCAUUUAUACAAACAGAGCUCUCUGUUACUUGAAGCUGUGCCAGUUUGAAGAGGCGAAGCAGGACUGUGAUCAGGCGCUUCAGAUAGAUCACGCGAACGUGAAAGCAUGCUAUAGACGUGCCCUGGCUCAGAAAGGACUCAAGAAUUAUCAGAACAGUUUAAAUGAUCUCCAUAAAGUUCUCCAACUAGACCCACGUAUUGUUGAGGCGAAGAUGGAGCUGGAAGAGGUCACCAGAAUGCUUAAUACUCAGGAUACUGCAGCAUCAUUGAGCCCAGAAAAGGAGAGAAGGAAAAUUGAGAUUCAAGAGGUGAAUGAAGGCCAUAAAGAAGAGCCUGAAAGGACCUCGGAGGAGAUCGCCACAGACUGCCUUGCUUCUGAGAAGGGGGACACGAGCAACGGGCCACGGGAAUUUUAUGAAAAAUUAUCGAUCACCAAGCCUAACAACGCCUACGAAUUUGGUCAGGUUAUAAACGCCAUCAGCACGAGGAAAGAUAAAGAAGCCUGUGCGCACCUGUUAUCCAUCACGGAACCGAAAGAUCUGCCAGUGCUGCUGAGCAACAAACUUGAAGGGGAUGCAUUCAUCCUCCUCAUUCAGUCUCUGAAAACCCAUCUUAUUGAGAAAGAUCCCUCUUUGGUGUAUCAGCAUCUUCUGUAUCUGAGUAAAGCAGAAAGGUUUAAGAUGACGUUGACUCUCAUUAGGAAGGGCCAAGAGGAGCAGAUCCAGCAGCUCUUUGAUGACCUCUCAGACACCCCAAGCAAACACUUCACCUUGGAAGAUGUACAGGCCCUCAAAAGGCAGUAUGAGUCUUAAGUCAAGAUUACUGUUAGAUUGGCUUCCAGGCAUGAAUGUGUUCCAGCCUGCUAAUGAGAUGGUAUGGCAAUAGAGUUGCGUGGAUAAAACCUGCCUUAGAAAAGAUCCCUUGGUCUGGACUCUAAAAUAUUUUUACUUAUUUUUAUACAUAGAACACAUAUAUUCUACAAUCUCCUUUUUAUUCGCUGUAAAUAUUUUCCUAUAUACCAGAGCUAACAUCUUUAUAUUUAAUAAUAAGUAUGUUUGGAACUUGUUAAAAUACAUUUUAAUUUAUAUUAUACAUUUUCUUUCCAUAGCUUGUUAAAAAUUUAUGUUUCUUUGGGUUCUAGAGUCCUCUUAAGUCUGAUAGAAGUCUUUUUCUUGAAAAUUUAUUUUUAAAAGUGAAAAUCACUACCCGUGAUUCUUACAUCACCUUUAUUUUCCUGCUGAGAUAGUAUAAACCCCAUUUUAUACUACUGGUGGACUAGAGUCCACAAAGAUGAAAUGCAGCAAUAUGAAAUGAUUAUUAAAUGAGUUGUGAUUAUUUAGAGCUAUAAGAGGAACUUAUUUUUGUCUAAAAUGGAAGUAUUGCCUGAUAAUUAAGAGCAGAAAUUGCCAAAAAUUCUACCACUUUUUAACUAGAUUUUUAAAAGCUAAUUUCCCUUAUGGAUUGCUGACAUAAGUGAUAACAAAACCACUGCUAUAUAAAAGCAACUAAACCUGCAUUUCUCUUUAAACUGUCACUUCCUCGUUUUCCUCCAUGUUCUAUGUCUUCUGUCUCUUUUUUUUUCCCCUCCUUUAAGCAUGAUCAGACUUACUCCCUCCGUGUAGAAGGGAAAGUGAAGACCGGAUCGUAUGGAGAGGUCCCUUGUUAACUGGGUCAAAGCCCAAGAGUUUCUUACAAUAAAACAUUCAGGUCUCUGUCA